AUUGUCAUAAACUCAUACACAUGCCGAUACACUAUACCGUUUGCAUGGAUUGCGUCUCUUUUCUAUUAGGCAAGUAUGUCUGAACCGUUAUCUGAAAAAACAACGGAAUACAUAAAUAGCUUUUGUGUAAUCGAACCAGUGUAUAAUAAAUGAAUCAAACAUGACAUCCAUAAAUGAUACUAAAAUGUAUAUAUUGUGGGCCAUUGAUUAGAAUUAUAAUUUUACGGUAGAAUUUAGUCGGUAGAUUUUUUGGAUAGAAUUGUAUCUAAUGUACCUGUAGAAAUUAAGUAAAAAAAAGAAAGAUGUUCUUACAUCAAUUUGUCUUUUUGCUUUAGAAAUUAAGUAAAAAAAAAGAAAGAUGUUUCUUUCUUUUUUGGCUUAAGUUUUAAAACUACAUAUUAUGAUUCAUAAUUUUUAUUGUUAUAGAUAAAAAUUAAAACUAAAGACACUUGCUGGAACCCAACCAGUUCCAUUAUUGUCUUUGAUUCAUAAUGUAUGUAGUUUUACUUCGAAACACAUAUUAAUAAUAUAUUUUCUCCAAACAAUUAUCAUUAAAGUUAUAGAUUAAAAUUAAUUUCUUUGAUUAUAAAAGCCAGUAUAAAUACGAUUGUCUACACAAUUUUGAUAAAUUUAAAGUUAUAAAACAUGUUAUAUUAUGAAACAACAUUUUUUUAAAAACAUCUUAUAUUUUGAAAUGGAAAAAGAAUAAAAAUGAUCUUUAUUCAAAAAAUAAAAAAAUAAUAAAAAUGAUCAAUUUUCUGAUAUGGUCCUCUAAGGAACUGAAAUAAUCUAUAUGCAUCCUCAUAUCUAUUUUUAUUCUAUAUUAAAUUUAAAUUUAAAUUGAAAAUGAAGUAAAAUAUCCAAAACCUUAAGAAUUUAAACAUAAUUACAAGCCCGACUACUCAUCCUAUCCAUAACAUGACCUAAGAAUUGACUCGAAACCGACCCAAACUAACUAUAAAUCGCAAAAUCUCAUCCCAAAUUUCUCCCAUUUCGGGACUACUUCAAACACGAUCUUCGUCUCUCUGUCAAACGACGAUCUUCAACCGUCCUCAACAACAACGCCCUUGAACCAAAUCACCAGAUUACAAUACUGAGAAAUGACUUACCAAGAUAAAAAAGAAGAAGGGCGAUACGCUGCCAAAGAAGAUCGAUUCUCCAAAGAAGAAAAAGAACGAGUUGUUGGGAAAAAAGAAACUAGUUAUAUCGAAUCCAGCAGAGAAACAAAGUGGUGACAAAGGUUCAUCAUGUCAACCAAAACAAAGAGGGCUCAGGGUAGUUAGUUUGAACCCCGAGAGAACAUCUCCACGUUGGGAUCCACAAACUCCACUUCUCCAUUUGUCUCAUGCUUAAAAUAUCUUCUUUUUUUUUGAACUUAUGCUUAAAAUAUCUUGAGAAAUGGAAAAUAUGACCCAUAUACCAAAAAAAAAAAAUUUCAAGAGAAUAAUGCUGGCAUUUUGCUUUAAGCAUGAAGAUUUUCUUCUUGGCUUAAAUAUCUCCAACAAUGAUGAAAAUAAUAUUUUCAGAAGCGAAGACCAAUCAGAAACUAAGAUAUAUAUUUUCAUUUUUUUACUCUCAAUUAUUUUAAUACUUACCAAUCACACCAAAGAAAACCUUUCUUUUUGUCUUGCCACAAGACAGUUUUUUCAUCUGUUAAUUACAAUUUUUAUGGAUCACCUUUUAAAUAGUAUUCCAAAUAUAUAUUUUUCUUCAAAAUACAGUAAUAAGAGUAUUUCUUGAGUUCAUCCCCUAAAUACUAACCAAUAAAAAGAUGUCAUGUGUCAUAUCUUGUUUAGAAAACAAAUGUAAAAAUAAUAUUAAUUGCAAAAAAUUAAACAUUGCAAAAUUUUAAACACUAAACCUUAUAACACUAAACCCAAGAAUAACUCCAAUAAUAAUUGAUACUAAAAUGGAAAACAACCAUUUUGUAAUUAUCUAAGUAUUAAUGGAGAAAUAGACAUUAAAAGAUCCCUAUUUUGUUAUCUCGGAUUAAUAUAUUCAUGGAUUCUAGGAACUUGACCAUCUCCUCUCUCUCAAUUUUGCUCUCCUCCGUUGUCCACAAUUGUCCCACCGUCACGGUUCGUAUCUAUCUUUGCUCAAGCCUCACUCUCACAUGCUCUGGUCAUACAUGCUAGUUGGUCAUACAUGCUCAAGUCUCACUCUCGUAUCUAUCUGUUUUUAAUGGUCUCUGGUUCUUGGAAGGAUCAAAACUGCAUGUGCGAGUUAUUUAGCAUUCAUGAUAGUUUAGUUGAUUAGGAAUAUAUACAGGAGCACUUCUGUUUCUUGAUAACCAGAGUUCUUUAGCAUUCAUGAAAGUUUAGAUGAUGAAGAAGAAUAUGUAUAUUUAUAUUUAUAGGAACACUUCAGUUGCUUGAUAGACACUUCUUGUUUCAAGGUACUUAAACUAUGGAUACCAAAAAGUUGGACACUGGGUCGAGAGAUGCAAUCAGCUUCCUCCCUGAGGAGAUUCUCAGUGACAUAUUGUCCUUACUUCCGAUAAAACAGGCUGUUUCAACAUCUGUUCUUUCUAAAAACUGGAGAAAUAUAUUUAGAUUAGUGGAUUAUCUUGAUUUUGAUUAUUCUGUUUCUGUGCACCCGGAAAAGGGUGAACCAAAGAGAGGUGAGAGAUUCAAAGAAUAUUUGGAUCGAACACAACGAGAUUCGCCCAUAAUUAAAUUCUCUCUUGAACGUCACGUUGGAGAUCACAACGAGAUGGCUUACGUGAGCAGCUGGGUUAGUGACGCAGUAGAACACGGUGUUUUGGAAGUGGACGUGAGUGUAAAACCUCGCCUUGGAAUGUUGUUUAUGCCUUGUGAGCUCUUCACGAGCAAGACACUUGUUAAGCUAACGCUUGGAACACAAGUUCAAUGCGACAUACCUUCAUAUGUAUUACUUCCAUCGCUUAAGAUUCUCAUCAUCGAAACGAUUUUCUUUGCAUCUAAAGAUCUCAGUGAUGUGCUGGUCGCUGGUUGCCCUGUGCUUGAGGAGUUAUUUGUACGUCACGAGGAGAUGGAUUCACACCCUUAUUACAUAUCGAGUCGGACCAUCAAGAAACUAUCAGUUCAAUACCGUGGCUGUGAUGUUUAUUAUGAAAGUGGUUUGUCAUUUGACGCCCCAAGUCUUGUCUCCUUCGACUACUCUGACCAUGCCUUGUAUGAGUACACACCGGUUAACUUUGGAUCCCUAGUUGAAGCUCGUGUGGAUAUUCGUUAUAAUAGAAAGGUCGUUAAGCCGGAUAUAUCGGGUCUCAUGAUAGGAAUAAGUAACAUCGAGACUUUACAUCUUUCUCCAGCUUCCGCUGAUGUACGUUUUUUGCAACUUUCCUUUCUAUAA